AUUCUACGAGCCUCACACGAAUGAAUGGGUAUCAGAAAGGCGUAAGCGUCAAUGAGAGAGAAAAUAGCGAAGCAGCGCUAUCCAAAAGAUCUCAACGAUAAGCCUCUCCCUCCUCUGAGACCAGCUGAAAGGCCAUUUCAAGCUCCUCCGACUUGGAUUUCAUCACCAUCUCCCAACCCACCUGCUCUCUUCAUCCAUGGUCAUAUGCUUCCACUCCUGUGACUCGGUGGCCUUCCCAACCUCUUCUUUGCAGCAUGAGAGGAGCCUCUCGAGGAGGAGGAGGUGGCGGUGGCUCACCUCAGCCCCACACCUUCCCUCAGGCAGGCAACCAACGAGGGGGUUUCAGAUAAAAAACUCGAAUGGCCACCCUCUGAAUGCUGCUUCCUUGCAGGAUGGUCUGGCUGAAAAUUUAUCAGCAGAAGAAUCAGUUGAGAAACGAUCUAAAGAUGGCUCCAAACAAAAUGGGAGUACGGUCAGUAUUACCGUUGUCGGAGCUUCUGGAGACCUCGCCAAGAAAAAAAUCUUCCCAGCACUUUUUGCUCUCUUUUAUGAAGAUUGUCUUCCCAAGCAUUUUACAGUUUUUGGUUAUGCUCGAAGCAAAUUAACUGAUGAAGAGCUCAGAAACAUGAUUAGCAAAACUCUGACCUGCAGAAUUGAUAAGAGGGAAAACUGCAAUGACAAGAUGGAACAGUUUUUGCAGAGAUGCUUCUACCAAUCAGGACAAUAUGGCUCAGAGGAAAAUUUUGUAGAAUUAGACCAAAAGCUUAGAGAAAAGGAGGCAGGGAAAUUGCCGAAUAGGUUAUUUUAUCUAUCAAUUCCUCCAAAUAUAUUUGUCGAUGCGGUGAGAUGUGCUAGCCAUCAUGCUUCUUCUCCAACUGGUUGGACCAGAGUCAUUGUUGAAAAGCCAUUUGGUCGUGACUCUGAGUCCUCUGCAGAGCUCACAAGAUUUCUAAAGCAGUAUCUAACUGAGGACCAAAUUUUCAGGAUCGACCAUUAUUUAGGAAAAGAGCUUGUUGAAAACCUUUCAGUGCUUCGUUUCUCCAAUCUUGUUUUUGAGCCGCUGUGGUCACGGAAAUACAUUAGGAAUGUACAACUGAUAUUUUCUGAAGAUUUUGGAACAGAAGGCAGAGGCGGUUACUUUGAUAACUAUGGAAUCAUCCGGGACAUAAUGCAGAAUCAUCUUCUCCAAAUAUUAGCUUUAUUUGCAAUGGAGACUCCUGUCAGUUUGGAUGCUGAAGAUAUUCGAAAUGAAAAGGUAAAAGUUCUACGGUCAAUGAGGACAUUGAAACUUGAUGAUGUUGUCGUAGGACAGUAUAAGGGCCAUACGAAGGGUGGAAAAUCUUACCCUGCAUACACCGAUGAUCCGACAGUGCCAAAAUGUAGUCUUACUCCAACAUUUGCUGCUGCAGCUCUCUUUAUUGAUAAUGCAAGAUGGGAUGAUGUGCCUUUUUUAAUGAAAGCUGGAAAAGCCUUGCACACAAGGAGAGCAGAGAUUAGAGUCCAGUUCAGGCAUGUUCCUGGGAAUCUAUACAAGCGCAACUUUGGAACUGAUUUAGAUAAAGCAACUAAUGAGCUUGUGAUCCGUGUACAACCUGAUGAAGCCAUAUAUCUGAAGAUAAAUAAUAAGAUUCCAGGGCUCAGCAUGAGAUUGGAUAGAAGUAAUCUGAAUCUACUUUAUUCAGCAAGGUAUCCUAGGGAGAUACCAGAUGCAUAUGAGAGGCUGCUCUUAGAUGCAAUUGAAGGAGAGCGCCGACUUUUCAUCAGAAGCGAUGAGCUUGAUGCAGCAUGGGCUCUCUUCACACCAGUACUCAAGGAAUUGGAAUACAAAAAGAUUGCGCCAGAGCUUUAUCCAUAUGGUAGCAGAGGACCAGUUGGGGCACAUUAUCUUGCAGCAAAGUACAAUGUGAGAUGGGGAGAUCUUAGCAGUGAGAGCUCGUAGAAGUGUCAAUUUUUUAUUCAAGCUUGUGCUUAGAGGCAGGGAGGUUGAUCUAGCUUGUCUCAUGAAGCCUUUCAGUCUUGAAGAAAUUAAAGAGGCAAUCUUUGGACCAAGAAGUUUCAAAUUGGCAAGCCUGGACAGUUUUAACAUUACUUUCUUUAGAGGUUCCGGGAAUAGUUAAAAUUGGAUCUUCAUACUCUAUUUGAUGAAUUCCACAAGGAUUCUCUAGAUGUCGGUGAUCGAACUGCACUUAUACAACUUCAAUCCCAAAGAAGAAUGGUCAAUUGUCACCUAGGGACUUUCAUUGAUCUGUUUGCUAAAUAGGAUUGUAGCAAGGAUUUGUUUGGUUGAUGAGAAAAGGAGGGGGGAGAGUGUGAUCAAUGGAAAAAUGAAUGAACUCCUCUUAUUUGUUGGAGUUUUCAAAAGAA